AUGAAUAAGGCGAUACAAAUCCGCCUGAGAUUGAAAUCCUCAAACAGCUUCUUCAAAUUUGUCACAAAAAGCUUUGAAGGCCCCAAAUCACACUACCAACACUUCCACCUAUCUAGGCAUAACUACGGAUCUAAUCUUUUCUCAGCUUCACGGCCUUUCUCGGUGUAUGCCCUUCACAAGAUGAAUGGGCAUUCUCCACGAGCAAAAAGGAAACAGCAUCCAGGUCCUAUCGCUGAAAGACCAUUGAAACAACACAAGAUUACCCUUGAAAUGGAAUCAAAUAGUCCUACCCCUGAGGAAUCACUUUAUGAGGAUGAAGAUGUGGGUAUAGAAAUUGAAGAUACGAGAGUAGCUUCAGGCAUGGCGGAUACUGCUGAAUGGCAAGCUUGCAUUGAGAAUGUUGUGCGGAAUGUGGUCUCAAUUCGGUUUUGCCAAACAUGCUCAUUCGAUACAGACUCAGCUCUGACCAGCGAGGCAACAGGAUUUGUGGUAGACGCUGAGAGAGGGUAUAUCAUGACAAAUCGACAUGUAGUUGGAGCCGGGCCUUUUUGGGGAUACUGCAUUUUCGACAAUCACGAGGAAGUAGACGCCUACCCAGUCUAUCGCGACCCAGUCCACGACUUUGGCAUUUUACGAUUUAACCCGAAAGCUAUAAAAUAUAUGCCGGUCACUGCCUUAACUUUAAGACCCGAUCUCGCCAAGGUAGGCUCGGAAAUAAGAGUUGUAGGAAACGACGCAGGAGAGAAGUUAAGUAUACUUUCUGGCGUUAUCAGCAGAUUAGAUCGUAACGCUCCUGAAUAUGGAGAAGGUUACUGUGAUUUUAAUACCAACUACAUACAAGCUGCUGCCGCAGCGAGUGGUGGAAGUUCAGGAAGUCCUGUAGUCAACAUCGACGGCUUUGCUGUUGCCUUACAAGCUGGUGGCCGAAGUGACGGAGCUGCGACAGACUAUUUCCUCCCAUUGGAUCGACCUCUUCGAGCCCUAAAAUGCAUUCAAGAAGGAAAAAAAAUUACACGGGGUACUAUACAGUGUCAAUGGAUGAUUAAACCUUUUGAUGAAUGUAGAAGGCUUGGAUUGACACCAGAAUGGGAGGGCGCCAUAAGAAAAAACUUCCCCAAGGAAACUGGUAUGCUGGUCGCUGAAAUAGUUUUGCCUGAAGGACCAUCAGACAACCAAGUCGAGGAAGGCGAUGUCCUAAUAAAAGUUAAUGGGGAAUUACUCACUCAAUUCAUACGCCUGGAUGAUAUUCUUGAUUCCAACGUGGGGCUUCAAGUAAAGUUGCUUUUACAACGUGGUGGAGAAGACUUAGAGGUUGAAGUGACCGUAGGAGAUCUGCAUACAAUUACACCCGACAGAUUCGUUUCUGUAUCUGGUGGAAGUUUUCAUAAUCUGUCUUAUCAACAAGCCCGACUAUAUGCAGUUGCUUGUAAGGGCGUCUUCGUGUGCGAAGCAACAGGUUCGUUUAGAUUUGAACAUAUGGACAAUGGAUGGCUGAUACAGACGGUUGACCACAAAAAAACUCCAGAUUUGGACUCUUUCAUUGAAGUAAUGAAGAAUAUUCCAGAUCGAGCUAGAGUGGUGGUAACCUACAAGCAUCUUAGAGACUUACAUACAUUAAACACCAGUAUACUAACAAUUGACCGUCACUGGUCAAGCAAAAUGCGACUAGCGGUAAGGAAUGACUCAACCGGUCUCUGGGACUUUUCAGAUAUUGCUGAUCCUCUGCCCGCUCUACCUCCAGUUCCUCGAAGUGCCUCCUUUAUUCAACUGUCAAACACUCAGCAUCCAGCCGCAGCUGACAUCGUACGGAGCUUUGUAAGAGUUCUAUGUCACAUGCCCAUGAAGUUGGACGGGUUCCCACGAAAUCGAAAGUGGGCUAUGGGUGUUGUGAUUGAUGCCGAUAAGGGCUUGGUCGUCAUAUCAAGGGCAAUUGUUCCCUAUGAUCUAUGCGAUAUUACUAUCACUAUCGCCGACUCCAUAAUAGUAGAGGGAAAGGUCAUAUUUAUGCACCCACUUCAAAACUAUGCCGUCAUCAAGUAUGAUCCAUCUCUAGUCGAUGCUCCUGUACAAAGCGCUAAACUAAGCGAUGUUCAUAUUACGCAGGGAGCCUCCACUUAUUUUGUUGGCUUUAACCAAAACAUGCGUGUUGUUAUUGCGCAGACCAACGUAACAGAUAUCACAGCCGUUGCAAUCCCAGCAAAUACCGUCGCACCUAGGUAUCGCGCUGUUAACGUCGACGCAAUCACAGUCGAUACUAGUUUAAGCAGUCAAUGCGGAAGCGGUGUUCUAGUGAGUGAAGACGGAACUGUCCAGGCAUUGUGGUUGACGUACCUCGGUGAACGAUCCCCCUCGACACAGAAAGAUACAGAUUAUCAUCUUGGUCUCGCAACCCCGACCCUCCUUCCAGUAAUUCGCAAGAUUCAGCAAGAUGAAAUUCCCCGAUUGCGAAUGCUUAGUGUUGAGUUUAACGCCAUCCAGAUGAGUCAGGCCCGCAUUAUGGGAGUUUCGGAGGAAUGGAUAAAAAAAGUAGCAGAAGAUAAUCAUUCUCGCCAUCAAUUGUUCAUGGUACGAAAGCGCACUUUUGAGCGUGGUGACGAGACAGCCGCUCUUGUCGAGGGUGAUGUGAUUCUGACGCUCAAUGGAAAAAUUAUCACUCGUGUUUCAGAACUUGACGUCAUGUACGACAAUGACUACCUCGACGCGCUUAUUCUUCGGGACUGUGUGGAGAUUAGUCUCAAGCUUCCUACUGUCUCUGCUAAUGACCUUGAAACUGAUCGAGCCAUCAGUUUUUGUGGUGCUGUCUUGCAUAGGCCUCAUCAUGCCGUUCGACAGCAAAUAAGUAAAUUACACAGUGAAGUGUAUGUUUCUGCGCGGACUCGGGGCAGUCCAGCUUAUCAGUAUGGACUUACACCCACCAACUUUGUUACUCAUGUCAAUGGGCGACCCACAAAGAAUAUUGAGGAUUUCCUCCAUGUCGUCGUCCCUAUUCCAGACAAUACUUAUUUUCGUGUGCGCGCCAUGACCUUUGAUAACGUGCCAUGGGUCAUAACGAUGAAGAAAAAUGAGCACUAUUUCCCAACGACGGAAUGGAUCAAAGAUCAUAUGGAACCGUGUGGUUGGCGACGGGUAACGUAUGAAGAGGGUCAGGCAAUAACGGGCGAGGGUCACGAUGGGCUCAGUAUUGUCACAGGUGAAUGCUUUGAAAGUGAGGGAUAA